UGAAUCUGCACACCUGCCACUCGUUAAGCGCUGAUAGCCAUUAACGAGCCGCCUUUAAUUGACGGCUAAGACGUAGCUGGGAAUGAAAACAGCUCUGGCUAUGAAACGACGGGGCUCUCCUCAGCUGUUUAGACCCGAAGCGGGACUGAAAUCUCGUUUGUAACAACUUUGUGGAAAUAUGUAACAAACAGAUGAGGACGGAAAAUGGAGCAGUCGGCCACCCUCAACAUAGAGAACCUCAAGAUUACCCAGGAGCAGUUUAUCCUGGCCUCGCAGUCCCUGCACCUCCAGCGUCCGGGCUGUGAAGCCGUAUAUCCAGUGGGGCUAUACGGCUGGAGAAAGAGAUGCCUCUAUUUCUUCCUGCUGCUGCUCCUGGUCACCAUGAUAGUAAACCUGGCCCUCACUGUCUGGAUUAUUAAGGUCAUGAAUUUUUCAACGGACGGAAUGGGAAACCUGCAGCUGAACCACGACAGCCUUCACCUGGAGGGAGUCGGGGAGUUUCAGAUGCCUUUGUAUGUGAGCGAGAUCCAAUCCAGAAGGGACAGUUUGUUGAUUUUGCGUUCAGAAAAGAAUGUAACAGUGAAUGCCAGAAACCACGAAGGCCAGUUGACCGGUCAGCUUACAGUGGGUCCUGAAGGUGUGGAGGCUCAAUGUCAGAGGCUGGAGGUGCGAAGCAGAGAUGGUGGCAGACUCCUGUUCUCUGCAACUGAGGACGAAGUCACAAUGACAACAGAAAAGUUUACUGUCACAGGUUCUGAAGGUGCCGUGUUUGGACACUCGGUGGAGACUCCGCUGAUCCAGGCACCGACAUCUGAGGAUCUGAGGUUGGAGUCGCCAACAAGAACCCUGACCAUGGAGGCUCCGAGAGGCGUGGAAGUGAAUGCUGCCGCCGGGACGCUGAAGAUCAGCAGCAGAAAGGAUCUGCAGCUGGAAGCCACAGAGGGAGAGAUUCUCCUUGAUGCCGACAGCAUUCGGCUGGAAAACCUCCCGCUCGGCCUCUACGCCGCGUCCGCCGGCGAGCCCUUCAGGAGGCAAGCCGUGUACGAGGUGUGCGUCUGCCCCAGCGGCAAAAUCUACCUUUCUCCAGCUGAGAGCGUUUCCACCUGCCAGGCCAUGAGCAGCAUCUGCCUUUGGAGCUGACCUUAGCGCAGCAUGUCGUGACGAAGAGCAAAACCCCGAGUAUCGGCUCUGCGAUCUGAGAUUACUGGAGUGGAGAUGGAAAGCUUCAAGCUCUGAGCUGUCAGUGCUCAUAGCAGGACAGAAGUGUUCAAACCGCUGCCUGCAGAGGACCGACGGAGGCUCACACUUCACUGACUGACAGAGGAAGAAAGUCAAAGAAGUUCUCUGAAACCUGGAAUAUGUACAGAUCAGUUCUCAAUCAAAUCACAGACAGAGGAUACAACUUUUAUUUUUCUACUUUUAGGUUUAUGAACAUUGUUUUAAAUUUGAAAGAGAAAAUAAACAACAAGGUGCCUUCAGUUUUAAAUGGCGUCACGUUGAAACUGUCUUGUCAAUUAGACACAAAGGUAUUAAAAAAUAA